AAGCAGUCGCAUCACUUUGAGAUUAAUGAGGCCUGAAAGACUGUCUAAUUAAAAUACCCAUAAGAAAAAACACACAUCUAUAUUUUUUUUAAAAAAAACAUGUGCAGCUUAGUAUAUGCUUUUUACCAUAAAGAGUCAGAUUUUACUGCUCGGCGCUGUUAAAACAGCUUAAUUUAAAAGUUAUACGAGCAUUUAUGUGGUGCUCAGAAUGUUUCAUCAAAAAAUAAUGAAGUUAAAAUAAAUUUAAAAAAUGGUUGAUGCCAUCUUAUAGUUCUUUUAAAAUUAAAUACAGUUUAUUUCAGGGAGCAUUGCAUAACUUUCAUCGAAUUUUGAGGCUACUAUUCGGCCUUUUCCCACACUUUACGUGCACCCUAAUUUUAACUUUACAAAUUCUCAACUCGCUUGGGGGAAACUUUGUAGAACAGCCUGAAAAAUAGCACACACAACACACGUAAAUAUUUCGGGAUUACAACAUUAUGCAAGGAUGGUAGGGAAUACGUGUUUGGGGUAAGGUUAAAGGCAAACAAUUACCAAGUAUUGACAACACAUGUGUCCUAUAAAGGAAACGGUGUUUGUUUUAUGGUUCUAACAUGUGAAAGAAAAGGGUUACGAGGAAGGAUACGUCAAUAUUCAUAUAUUUUAUUCAAUUGUUGUUAAAGUCAAAAAUAUAUGGAGAGUAAUUAUUAUGUUAGAUUGACAGAAAUUGAUAAUUGAAAAUUUGACAGAAGUAAUCUAAAGUAACUGUUAAAACUGAUAUGUUUUAAUUUUGGAAAUGAACUUUCUUUUUAUCUCACCUUUUAUUUCAUAAUAAAUAAAACAGAGUGAAGAAACCGUUUUCUCACCACUUUCUCAUAGUUCAGCAUCUCCUGCGUAACAAUUUAAAUUACACAGAUUAUUACGUAUGCUUUUAUAAGAUGCUACAAACGGCGGUAAAUGGCUUUUGUUCUACCAACAUAUAAUUUGAAUCCUGCAGGACAUAUCUUGUUAAUGUUUUUUUUGCCUGACCUGUCAUCCUGAAUACAUAUUGAACGUAAUUUGGUUUGCUUAAAUACAUCCUAUAAUAAAAUAAAUCGAAUUUCUGUGGAAUUACUCUUCUUUCCUUCGAUGAUAUGUUAAAAUUAUGUUACUUUUCACAUGUUAGUUGUUUAUUCCGUCGAUAAAACUUUUGACAAGACAUCAAACACAGAAAGGAUCUUUGUUAUUAUUUAAAAAUUCAUGCUACCCAAAAUUGUUUCCCAUCAUAUUAUAAUGUCAUGAUGCUACUACAUUGUCUUUCACGUACACAUCAUCGCCUGGAGUUUUUCUGAAAAUGAGCACUAUUUAACGAGACUAAUUAGAAGAAAGUAAGAGUCUAUACAACCUCGUUCCCAGAGCAUUUUGCCUUGUUGAUAAAGCUGAUAGCGGCAUUGUUAGCCACUCCGUAAUAACGGCCCAGCGGCAACAAGACCCUGGGUACGAGGUUUGGGUCUGUACUCUGAGUUCAUUUCAUUUUCAUCAACCCAACAUAAGAGUUCAGUUGUUAAUAUUAUAAAAUAUAAAAAUAUAAUAAAAAUAUGUAAAGAAUCAAAAUAAAUAUCAAUUUCUGCACAUUUGUUAGAAUCGUGUUAAAAUUAAUCACCACCUGAGUUCAACUUUGUCGUGUUUCUUAAAUUUAGAACCACGUUAAGGUAGAUUUCCACAUAAAAAGGAAAUGGAGCAGAUCGAAAUGAAAAGGAUAACUGUAUAUUUCGUUCCGAUCCAAACUAAUAGUUGAAAUUGUUUCAACUUUUCUUCCGGACAGGAACAGUAAAAAUUAAAACAAAGGAAUAAUUAGCAGAUAGCCAAUCAAAUUUAAGUAUUUUUCUUGUUUCAUUCCAAUUUGUUUUACUUUUGAGUGGAAAUCCACCUUUACACUUUUAUGCGUUCUGCAGCUAACUAUUUUUGUAGUUGCACUUUGUCUUGAAACUAAUUUUUUUAAAACUAUUUGUGCAAAAUACAACACGUUUAUUGACAAAUCUUCAGCAGAAUUGAUGUGGCGCAUGUUCGCAUACAAAAUUUGGAAAACUUGUGAACUCCCUGACGAGAAAAAGCGUGCCUAAUGAAAACUAAAUUUGCACAUUAAAAACGGGAAGAUUAAGCCAGUUAUUUUUGUGUUAUUUUCACUGAGGUACCCAAUUCAUCACCUUAUUCUUUAUAACCCCCUUCUCUUUGAAGCCUAAUAUUCUAAGAGACUAAAAAAGUGUGAUAUUUACUGUUAUAAUUUAGGGUUAACAAGAUUUUGUAUUUAGUACUUUAUAAAUAUUGUUAUACAGACGUGGGCUGUUCUGCUCUGUCGUAACACUGGAAAUUUGCACAACAAAAAACUGCAAAAUAGUUCAAAUUUUUGCAAUUACAUUCUUCAAAGAAGUAGCAGUUUCAUAACCUGAAUCCAUAAAAUCCUAUCUCUGUGAAAUUCCAUCGUAACAAACAUGUAUUCAGUCUAAUACCGGACACAGCUAUAAAUACAACAAAUUAUAGAUUGAGUAUACACAUCAAUUAUAGCUUAUUACUUUGUCUCGCUUGUUAUAUAACGCUCUUUACAUAACAACGGGAAGUUGAUUGGUUAUAAGUAGUUCUUUUUUUCUUUUUAUCUUUAAGAUCGUCGAUAGAGAUCAGUAAAUAAAUAUUAGGAGUAGAUAGAUACAAAGGUUAAAAAACAACUAUGGACGGACGAUGGAUCAUUUUGUUUCUUUUUGUCAAUUUCACAUGCACUAUACUAGCACAGCGACCACAAUGUAAAUUUAAUGAAGUCAUAAUCGUUCUUGACACAUCUGAAACGAUAAGUGACUUACAUUUCUCAAGAGCGAAAAGUUUAACAAAUAAAAUUGUCAAUGUACUUGCAAAGAAUGACGAAUUUGGCCAGCAUCGAGUUGGGUUAGUUACAUAUGCUGAUGCUGCAACAAAAAGAAUUCACUGUGAUGAACAUUCCACUAGUUCAUCAAUGAACACAGCCAUUAACACCCUGCAAAGAAUUGAUGGCAAACUCACAAAUACACAAGAUGGACUGGAGAAAGGAGAUGAAUUGCUGAGAGAGCGAGGAUGUGGCGAGCGAAACCAACCACAUCACAAAAUCUUGGUUCUUAUUUCAGAUGGCAAAGCCAAUAGGGGAAAAGACUUAAAUGGACCGAAUGCAACUGCAGCGGCUAUACGAGCCAAAGGAAUUUCUAUAAUCGCCAUUGGCGUCGGAGAUGUUACUUUCGCAGAACUUGUUGGAAUUUCAGGAGAUGCCCAAAAUGCCUUUUUGGCACAGGAAAUUGAUGAUGUUCUUGAAUCUAGUGUUUUAACUCAGUUCAAACGCAGUAUUUGUGGAAACAGUGAACCCGAUAUCUCAACUACAACAUCAACAACAGUCGGAACAUUAUGCAGUUGUAAUGUUGAUGCCCAUCUAUUGAAAGUGUCUCAUUUCACCAAAUAUGAAAUUAUAAGAGAAUAUAAUGGAACGUGCUACACCGACAAAUUAAAGAAAGCAAUCGAACACACUGGAUUUAAACUUUACGCACUCUCUCAAAGGUUAAACGAAAUAAAAAUCUGCAAAUCAGCACUGGCUUAUAAAAUCCAACACGGGUAUAACAAUGACAGAUUGUUCAAAACUUACGAUAGUUGCGUUGUCAGUAUUAACUGCAAUGUGAAGAAAGCUAUGUGGAUGUUGCAACAGAAGAAAGGUUACAUGGAGAAGGAACUGAAACUAGAACAAGCAGGAUAUGGCAACCUUCAAGUGACAGGAUAUUUGGAAUGGUUCUCAAAAAAAUUUCCAAACUUAUGGUGAAGAAACAUUUUAGGUGCUAAGAUCAUUAUUAAUGUAUAUAGGUGAUGAUUGAUGAGUAAAGAAAAUUAUACUUUUAUCAUAAAUGUAUUUAAAAAUUUUGUUAAAAAGGAAAAUAUUUUGUUCAGCUGUA